CGGGGGUCGGGCAGGGCGGGAAGUGAAGGGAGGCGCGCCCAGGACUCAGCCGCUGGGCACCUGCAGCAAGCAGAUGGCUUCACCCCGAGGCCCAGGUAGCCCCGCCGCCGCCUUCGGAAAGUGAAAGCGAAAGAGAAGCGGAGAGAAGCGGGCCGAGGGCUGAAACACAGGCGACCCGGCGACCGGAGCGCCUGGAGGGUUGGGGGCGAACCCCCACCUCCACCCUCUUCUUCUGCGCGCCCCGGAGAGCGCAGUGGAGGGGGCCCUGCGUGCCAGCCGCCCCCAUGGGCACGGAGGCCGGGUGGUGUCUGCUGCUCUGCCUGGCUCUCUCGGGAGAGGCGGUUCCCACCAACAGUCUGUGGCGCCCAGUGGACAUGGUCUUCGACUGUCUCCUGGCCAAGGAAAGCGGGCCGCAAGCAGGUUUCGCCAGCAGUGGGGACAGGGCGAAGGCCUUGCUGGUGCUGAGACAGGUCCCCGUGCUGGAUGAUGGCUCCCUGGAGGGCCUCACCGACUUCCAGGAGGACCAACUGUCCAAGGAUGACCCACCUGUCACCUUUGAGGCCACAGUGGACCUAGUCCAGAUCCCCCAGGCCGGGGACCUCCUCCACGCCGAGUGCAACGAGAAGCAGGUGACCUGUGAGUUCUCACACUACUUUCUCCAGGCUGGGCCAGAGGCCGCCGUGGACACGGCCGCCUACUUCCUGGCCAGCAUGCAGGUGUCCGAGGGCGGUCCAAGCAUCGCCAUGGUGAUGAGGACCCUCGGGGAUGUGGACAAAGGGACCGCCUGGCAUCCCACGCUAAACCUGCCCCUGAGUCCGCAGGGCACCGUGAAGACGGCAGUGCAAUUCCAGGUAACCACCCAGACCCCUACCCUGACUUCUCAGCUGGGGUCCUCGGCCUCCCUGCACUGCGGCUUCUCCAAGGCCCCGGACCAGGCCCUGCUCAGCGUGGAGUGGCGGCUGCAGCAUCAGGGCCACGGGCGGCUGGUGUACCGCUGGAGCCGGGGACAGCGGCGGGCCGAGCGGCCAGGCGCCACCCUGGAGCAGGAGCCGCUGCUGGAAGCGGGCGACGCCUCCCUCAGCCUCCCCGGCCUCGUCGUGGGUGACGAGGGCACCUACAUCUGCCAGGUCACCACCUCCCAGUACCAAGCCCAGCAGAUCACCCAGCUGCACGUCCAAGCCUCCCCCAGAGUUCGACUGAGCCAGGAAAGUAAAGGUCUGCCUCCCACUCUCACCUGCCACGUCACUGGCUACUACCCUCUGGACGUGGCCAUCACGUGGACGCGAGAGGAGCCGGGCAGUGCCCCGGCGCCCGUCUCCGAGGCCUCCUUCUCCAGCCUGCGGCAAAGUGCAGCCGGGACCUACAGCGUCUCCUCCUCCCUCGCAGCCGACCCCGGGCCCGCAGGCGCCACGUACACCUGCCAGGUCGCCCACGUGUCCUUGGAGGAGCCCCUGGGAGCCAGCACACGGGUUGCCCCACCAGAGCAGAGGACGGCCUUCGGCGCCCUCUUCGCCAGCAGCCUCUUCGUUCUCACCCUGUGGCUCCUGGUGCUUCAGCGACGGCAAGCCACCUCCCCGAGGUCUGCCAAGACGCUCAGGGCCUCUGGGUAGACCGUCUCCUGCCUCGGCGUGGAACGGAGGCGUCACGGAGGGGCCCCGAUGCGCCUUCGAGCCCCCCUCACUCUGCAUCCUGGAGGCUGAGGUGGCAACAGGAGCAGCACGUCUCUGGGGAGGCUCCGAGGGCACCAGACCCCCCACUCCGAGGACUCCGGCCCAAUAAAAGCCCCCGGGGCCUGGGCACCGCCGUCUCACUGUCCUGUCUCUGUGUCCGGCUGUCAGACGCCAGAGCCACCAGGGAGGUUCUGGCCCUGGGACGGUAGAUCUCGGCAUGAGAAGCCCCCGGUGGGUAACGGGGAGCACAUCUGCGGGCCCUGGGGGGAAGGGGGGGAAGGGGGGUAGGUGGGCAUCCAGGUCCCCGGAUGGAGGUGGGGGGGGGCCUGGGGGGGCAAACAGCUGUGCUGCGUGGGGAUGUGCGCCACCCACUCAACUUCCCGUCGCGCCGAGCGCCUGAGGCAGGCCUGCGUGCCCAGGGCAGAGACCACUUCCUCUCCGCAGCGCGCACCGGC